GAUAGUGCUAUAGGUCCCAUUCCGGUGACAAAUGAAACGUCGGUUCUUGCCUGUCAGUGACACAUCUGCCGCAACAUUGACCUGCUGCUCACUAUUUGUCCUGUCAAGAUUGUUUAAUUGUCCAGCUAUCAUCAUGCCAUCCAACAGUAAUUGGGAGGAUGAGGAACACACAUCCAAAUUUAUGAGGAAGGCAAAAGAAUCGCCAUUUGUGCCUAUAGGUAUGGCCGGGUGCCUUGCAAUUGUGGCAUUUGGACUUUAUAAGCUGAAAUCGCGUGGGGACACAAAGAUGUCUGUGCACCUUAUUCAUAUGCGUGUGGGAGCACAAGGAUUUGUGGUGGGAGCAAUGACAUUGGGUGUGGCAUACUCCAUGUAUAGAGAGUACCUGGCUCCCAAAGAUUCAGAAAAUGACAGCAAGUAAGCCAAUCACUGCUCAGCAUGGGUGUAAGGUGACCAGAACCUUUUCUAUGGCUGCUGUUCCUAAUACCUACUGUACUCUUAAAGAAUGAAAUGAAAGAAUGUAAUGGAUGUAGCAGUUUACAGAGAAGACACAUGAAAUGGCUCUUGGUGACACCAAGGUCCAAAUCACUGCCACAGAUACACACACAGGGUCCAAAAUUAUAUGAAUGGCAACCAAUGGAAAACCCAGAGUACAAUGCAUCAUCCAUGUCACUCAAGUGCUCUGUUACACAAGCUCAAAGGAUCGGAACCUUUAAUUAAUCAAAUUGCUGCUUGUGGGUUGACAGUCUUUUGCAGCCUUGUUGUCACUGUCCACUAAGAUCUAUGAAAACCAAAUGCAGGAACUGGGCGGCAGUAGCUCAGGAGGUAGAGGAGUCGUCCAGCAACUGCAAGGUUGCUAGUUCGAGCCCAACUCUUCCUGACACUGUCGAAGUGUCCUUGAGCAAGACACUUAACCCCAGUGCUCCCGAUGAACAGGUUGGCUCCUUGUUUGGCAGCCUCCGCCAUCGGUGUGUGAAUGGGUGAAUUUGAGGCAUGACAAUGCAAAGCUUUGGGUGCUCGCAGGAGUCGAAAAAAGCUUUAUAUAAAUGCAGUCCAUUUACCAUUUAGGAACUGUGACAUCCAUUUCAUUCACUCUUUGUUUCCACAAGAAGCCUUUCCGUCACUCAUGACAUAGACUCUUGUCAUGGGGUAUACCUAACAUGCAGAAUAACCACUCCUACCACUGUGUUAACUUCACCUGUUCUGUGUUGCUACUUACCUACUUACUUGCUACGUAUCAUACAAUAGAGAAAACUUGAAAGUGAAUGGUAGCCUACAAGUAAAACAGGC